GAUUGCUGGAGGUCAGUUGGGUGGGUGCCUUUGAAAUGGUUUGGUCCCUUUCAUCAAUUGCGGGAAGUUUGUCAAUCCAGAAUCUGGAAGAAGGCCUAAAUAUUGUAAGGGCUGAAGGAAGGGGAGGUGAGAUUAUAUACAGAGAACUUUGGGACAUGAAAUAAAAGAUGAUUUGCCUGAGAGCAACUGAGGUGUCUGGCGUUUGCUUAUGAAGAGGGUUCAGCUCACAUAAAAGCAGUAAGAGAAGUGUUCUUAUCAGUUGGUUAGAUACAGUUCUCCUGAAAGCCCUGUAGCAUCUGGCUUCUGGCUGUGGGGAGAAGUGGGUGUUGAAACGAGGAGGGGAUUGUACUGUGGCAGGGUCUGAUUUUGUGAACAGCUUUUGCAUCUUGCUGUCAGCCUUUGUCAACGUGGGGUCCACAAAAUGUUGCUUGACUACAACUCCCAUCAGCCCCAGCCAUAAUGUUUUUGUGGCACUUGCUAUAGUUUCAUGCACACAAGUAAAGUUUAAGUGAAGGCAACCAAGUGUCACAGAGCCGUCACAUGAGCAAAUUGGGGUGGAUGCUCAACAAACAGGUUGUCUGGAGGAGUUUGGAAACGGUAGCAGAUAAAAUCAUCCCAGUGCGGAAAAGGACUAAAAUUAUGGAAGGCGGCAGGCAUGAGUUUAGGGCUCAAAGGCCAGGGACCAUUGAAACCAUUUUUGGUGUGAAGCCUAAACCUUGCCAUAGUACCUUCCGAGCAGGCCUAGAGGACGGCAUCCCUAUGACCAGUGAGAAGAUCUUUAAUGAUUGCUUAACAUGAAGAUGCUCAGCCAGUGGGAGUUCUUCCUUGUCAUUUUCUCUACCUGUCUGGAAUUUUUUGCUUCUGGUGCUGCUAUUUAUGCACAAGAGCAAUACCCACAACCCUUCUACACUCAUGCACACAGGAUGUCCUGAAUUUUGCCCCUGCCCCCAGCUUGAGAUAUGUUGAUGCUUUGAGUCUAUCAGUCUCUUCACAUUGAGAUGGAAGGCAAAUCAAGAUCUUCAAUGCAUUGUUUUAUAACCCUUGCAAUUUGCCAGCAAUUGAGGCUUAAAACCUUCCCUGGCCUUGAGCAAGACAAAUGAGUAGGAGCAGCACUAGGAAGGAUCUCCUCUCCAAAAUGUUUUUGUCAAGGUGUGAAUGGACCACACACCUGUGAAGAAUCCAGGAAGCAGAGAUCCUCCCACUUCCAACUUUGGCUUGCCAAAGGCUCCCCCCACCCACCCAACUGCUUGUGAUUGGCUGCACACAGGCCAUGAUGCCACAAUUGUAGUGAUGUCAGCAUGUGAUGUUGGGAGCCCCCAGAAUUCCUCGGCCCAUGCAAGAGGUGGCUGGAAGGUCCUGCAGAAGGGAGAGAACAGGUUGUGCAUGGGAGCUGCCGGCAGCCUGUAUAUAGGUAUGGCAUGAAGAGGCUUCCUGCGGGGGCAGAAAUUGAUGCAGUUUACCUGGAUUCAGGGCAAGGGAGCGCCACUUUCUCCCAACUUGGCCACCUGCCAUUUUAGUUCUUUGUCAAGUUGUGCACAGUCUGGCCUUCCAAAAACCCAUAGCCAGACCUGCUGGGCACCCAAACUCCUAACAUCAGCUGCUGUAGAUGUUCAACAUCCCUGUGGUUGGCCUCUGGUUCCCAAUGGACUCCGUUUAAAACUAUAAUUAGUUGAGAAACCGCUGAGCCUAGGGCUUGCUGAUCAGAAGGUCGGCGGUUCGAAUCCCUGUGACGGGGUGAGCUCCCGUUGCUUGGUCCCAGCUCCUGCCAACCUAGCAGUUCGAAAGCACGUCAAAAUGCAAGUAGAUAAAUAGGAUCCGCUACAGCGGGAAGGUAAACGGCGUUUCCAUGUGCUGCUCUGGUUUGCCAGAAGCGGCUUUGUCAUGCUGGCCACAUGACCUGGAAGCUAUACGCCGGCUCCCUCGGCCAAUAAUGCGAGAUGAGCGCGCAACCCCAGAGUCGGUCACGACUGGACCUAAUGGUCAGGGGUCCCUUUACCUUUUUUAUGGGCUAAAAUAAAAUAAAUAUUAGCAGGUGUGCGGCAUUAGAAAAGGCAGGUUCUGGGUUCACCAUCCUUGGAAGGGAGUUUUGGCUGCAAGAUUGGACAGUUCCUAUCUGGGAGAUGGAAAACGCAGUGGGCUGGGGAGGUGCAGGGCUUGGGGAAUGUGUCAUUAUGCAAUCGCCUCACCUCCAACAGGAUAUUGUAGAGCAACUCCUCUGUGAAGAAAGGCUGCACCAUUUGGGACUUUUUAGUUUAGAGAAAAGAGGAGUCGGAGGCAAAGUUUAUAAAAUGCUGCAUGGCAUGGAGGAAGUGGAGAGAGAAAAGUUUGCCUCCCUCUCAUAACACCAAAACUCGAGGGCAUUCAAUGAAACUGAACGUUGGGAGAUUCAGGACAGAUAAAAGUCCUUCAUGCAGUGCAGAGUUAAACUAUGGAACUCCCUGCCACAGGAAGCAGAGAUGGCCACCAACCUGGACUGAACAAAUUCAUGGAGGAGAGGGCUAGCCCCGAUGGCUCUGUUCUCCCUUCACAUUUGGAGGUUGCAAUGCUGAAUGCCAGUUGCUGGAAAUGGCAGAAGGGGAGAGUUGCGGGUUUCCUGCAGGCUCCUGGCUGGCCACUGUGAAAACAGGAGGCUGGGCUAGACGGGCCACUGGCCUGAUCCAGCAGGCUCUUCGGACAGUAAGAGCUGUUCGACAGUGGAAUUUGCUGCCAAGGAGUGUGGUGGAGUCUCCUCCUUUGGAUGUCUUUGAGCAGAGGCUUGACAGCCAUCUGUCAAGAAUGCUUUGAUGGUGUUUCCUGCUUGGCAGGGGGUUGGACUGGGUGGCCCUUGUAGUCUCUUCCAACUCUAUGAUUCUGAUGUCUUUGAAAGAGGAGGGGCUAUUUCUGUUUCUUAAACAAGACUGCCCAGUCUGAGCUAAACUAGCAACCGGUUGCUUUUCUUGGGAAGUUGAUGGAGAGGCAGCUGCAGGAAGCCUCAGACGAAAUGAAUUAUCUAGGCCAGCCUUCCCCAACCUGGUGCCCUCUGGAUGAGGUGGACCAACGACCAAGCCUCACACCAGCCUCAGUCAGGCUGUGUGUGACAUUGUGUGUGUGUGUGUGCGCGUGUUUUUGUGUUUAUCUUGUGAUGCUGUAAACAGCUUCUCUUGCCGUAGGGUAUAUCCAGCCUUAUGCCUAACCGGAGGCAGCUGCAAAGAGGCACGGACAAGGUGGCAAAGCUGACAUGGUUGCCUGAGAAAGGAUGGAGACCUACGAAGACCACCUUUGGUGCCCCUACAAUUCCCAGAGCGCGGAGGACGAGGACGACGAUGAAGAGCCCUACCACGACCCUCACCUGGCCAGGGUGCGGGCUCGCAGCUCGAGCCGCUCCCGCCACCGCUCCUCCUUCCUGGUGGACGAGCUAGACAUGCUCAUGGACAAGGCAGCCACCACCAUCCAGGCCACGUGGCGAGGCUACCUGGCGCGGAGGCGCAUCCUUCGGGAGCACGCUGCCGCCUGCGUCAUCCAGGCCGCUUGGAGGCGCUUCAUCACCCGGGAGUACAUGGCCCUGCAGCGAGAGCAGGAGUCCUCGUGGCAAGGGUACGGGCACGAGCAUCGGGUUGAGAGGAGGAGGAGGGGGAGGAGGAGGACGACGUCCUCCCAUGCGUCCUUCAACACGAGGAGCAGGUCCUGGGGGGCCCUGGAGACGGACCAAGAAAGAGCUGCGGUCACCAUCCAGGCACACUACCGAGGGUACAAGACCCGGCAGGCCCUCGCAGAGUGCAGGCGGGCAGCCACGACUAUCCAGGCACACUGGAGGGGCUACCGCACCCGGCAGGAGCUGGCGCAGAUGACGCAACGCCCUGCCCACCGGCCCGGCCCAAGGGGGACCUACUACGGGCAGCCCAGCUACAUGCCCGGGAGCUCUUCUUGGGUGGGCCCCUACCCCAGGAAGCACUGGCGCAAGUGUCUCGUGGGAGACCCCGAGGAGUGGGCAAGCAAGGUCCCUCGGACUCAGUCGCAUGGGAGGGAGCGCACGGGGGGAAGCAGGAGGGAGCACCUGGAAUUCCGGGAAAGAGAGCACCCAGGAGCCCAGGAAAGGGAGUACCCCAAAUUCAGCAAAAGAGAGCACCCAGGAGCCCGGGAAAGAGAGCACCCAGGGGCCCGGGAAAGAGAGCACCCAGGGGCCCGAGAAAGAGAGCACCCAGGGGCCCGGGAAAGAGAGCACCCAGGGGCCUGGGAAAGAGAGCACCCAGGAGCCCGGGAAAGGGAGCGCUCGGAGCCCAAGUCGUGCCCCCGCUGCGGGAGAUGCACCACUGUGCGUGUCCUGGUGGGGGUUGGCAAGGGCCCGCCCUCCGAAUCGGACAUGGACGACAGCGAGUGCGAGGGGCAUGCGCAGCCUGCAUCUGCCAGGAGGAAGAGCCCAGCCUCCAGGUCGAGAGGGUCCCGGUCGCCUGCCAGGCCCGAGCCUUACGGGUCCCAUGUGUCCUACCAGAUGGGCCCCAGGGCCUAUUACCCCGGAAACCAGAGCAUGGCGUCUGAAGACCAGCCGCGGAGGCAGGGCCGGGACCCCGGAGGCCUGAGCCAGCGCUAUUCCACGGGGCAUGCAGCUGCCCGUCCCACGCGGGACCGCAACACAACGCGGAGCCUCUCCUCCACCAGCCUCAGCCAACAGGGGGCACCGAGCGCGGGGACCUCUGAAUGGCUUUAUGAGAACUACUGUGCCCGCCGGAUGGGCGAGGGCCAGAAGCGGGUGUUCAAGACACGGAAGCAGAUGUGGCAGGUGGCGCGGGCAGCUACCCUCAUCCAGGCCUUCUGGAGGGGGUGGAGGGCACGGCAGAUCUUGCGCCAACAGCAGGAAGCUGCCAUCAAGAUCCAGUCCGCCUACCGGGGCUACAGGACCAGGCUGUACCUCAUUGAGGCCGGGGUGCUGAGUGAGGGAGACACCGAGUGACACCUUGCCCUUAAGAAUACGGGGCCCAGUUGGAGCCCAGUCGGGAGGAGCGGGCAGGCUGGUGGCAGUCACCGGAUGGCUGUUCCCACUGCUGCCUUUCCCUUCCUAGUGCAAGCAAACGAGCUUGCAUCCCAAUAAAUAAAUCCUAAUUACAAACCCUUCGGAAAAGUCAUGCUAGCGUGGUAGAACCUAGAAUUUCAAGUAUUGCUGGGAGGGGACUGGAGCUGGCAAAAUGAGGACCAAUUGCAUCCUGCCAAAGCAGGGAGUGGACAGGAACCACCAGGCCCUGAAAGUUGACAGUGACCCAUCAAAGUAGCCGGAAUACACUUGCUGGCUGUGAUUCCUGCAUUGCAGGGGGUUGAUGACCCUUGGGGCCCCUUCCAACACUACAGUUCUAUGGUGCCAUGAACGUUGCCCAUUCUAAGUGCACUUUCCGGGCGCCAAUUACUUGUUUUUUUAUAUGCUGUAAGUAACCCUGGGGCCUUCAGCUGAAGGGUUGCUGGCGGUGAUAAUGCUAACAGAAGUUAGAUUCCCCCAAGACCUGGAGAGCCACAAGAAGCCUGUUUUUAGGGACUGCAAUGCUAGUUUUUGCCAUUGCAACCAGAGUGUUUUCCCACUCUAGAGGGAAGAACCACACCUAUGGCAGGCAGUUGCACCCUCUAAAGUAUCCUCUCAUGACCCCUUGGGCAUAGGAGACAAGAAUCCAAAGGAACUGCCCAGAAAGGGACAGAGACUCGCAAUUUCUAGGUUUGCACAGCCUGCAGGGUUUCUUCUUCCUUGGCGGGAGAACUGGUGAUAGAUGUAACAGUGGAGGAAUCCAGGUGCUACAAGAUUACGUGUAAGUCACAAUUGAGUGCUGCAUUUAUACUGGAAAGGGAGGGUGGAAUCUUUGCUGCAGCACAAAGCGACAUAAACACUGAGUCUCAUGGCACACUCAAGACUUUACAAAUUCAUUGUGGCAUAUGCCAGCCUUUGCCAACGGGUGCUUUGUACUACAACUCCCAACAGCCCCAGUUGAUGGGAGCUGUAGUACAAAACAUCUGGAGGACAGCAGGUGGGUGAAGGCGGCCCUGGGCAACCAGAAAGUUGUUUUACGUGGUAGUUAGCAAAUCAGGCAGUUAAAUCCCUCUCCUCCCUGUAUGAUAACUCUGCAUGUGCCAUUUUUUGCUCUUGGCUGUCUCUGGCCUGGAUAUGGUCUGAUCCAGAGGGUGGGGGAGAGCUGGAGUAGCUGGCCUUCCUCCCUUCCCGGCUGAGUCCAGGGAGGAAUAUAGUCAGCAAAACAGACCGUGCUCUGCAGGGAUUGGCUGCUUAGUUUGUAGAGCCUUUGAGAGAGCUCCCUGGAUGUUCUGCAUCAUCUUCAUCAUGCUCUGCUUAAAAUACUGUACAUUAUCACAGGAUCAGGAAAAUGUGAGAAAUAGAAAUCCCCAAAGCUACCGUACACCCUUAUAGGCGUGCAAGGAAAUGUUUGACUGAAACUCGUUUUGGACCACAAUUUUGUGUCAGCGUACACACUUUUCACAAGAGGGAUGUGCUGUAAGAAUUUAUA